UAUCUCUUACUCUUGUUUAUGUUUAUGUUUUGUUGAUAUUAUAGGUUAUAAUUAUGUCCGACACACGUCUGUCGGUAUAUAAAUCAAAAAUCAAUAAAUAAAUUGCACCUGCGCUUUAUUGAUGCACCUUCGAUAAGCCAUAAAAAGGUACUCGAACAAAUCUGCGUACAAUGUCCGGUCCAUGUACGCAUACUAUUGUAGAUAAUCAGAACGCACAAUGAAUAGACGUAGGGGUAAGGAUAACAGGCGCCCGCUAAAUGCUUGGGACUCCCGCCUGCACAGAGGCCGCGGCAGCGGGGCUCCACCAGGGCUAAGAGGCAAAGCACUUGGCUUAUACUACAGAGACAGACAGAAGAACUUAAACCUAGCGAGUUACAAGGUAAAUUUUGGAUUACCACCAGCAGUCGAAAAUAGAGUGACCGUUAAUUUGCAAAAAAUAAUCAAACUCGCCGCCAGAUUAAAUAUACCGCUAGCACAAAGCACAUUCCUAGAUUUCCAAAAUGAAGAAUUGAAUAAAUCAAAAACUGGGACCAAUGCUGUUGAUGAUGAUGAGUUUGCUAUGGAUGUGGCAAUAGAACCUAAACUUAGCUCAGCUGUAAAAUCUAGUUCAUUAAAAGAUGAAAAGACUAGCUUAAAUAUGUCAGUAGAGAGUAUUCAUGAAACGGAAGUUUUCAAAGCACCAAAUACUACUUCAAACACAACAGUAGAAAAUCCUGGACCGAGUACCUCAUCUACACCAGAUUUCAUCCCAAUAUCCAGUACUGAAGAGGAUUACGGUUCUGGUGAACCUAUACUCUCUUUGAGAGGUGGUGGGGACUAUAAAUAUGGAUAUCAAGACAUUAUAACUGGAUCUUUUGAUGAAAAACUAGAUGAAUGCCUAGCCAAAGGUGUUAGUAUUAACCUACAAACAGAUGAAAUUAAACAAAUCAACGAAGAACUUCUUAAUGAAUAUGAUGAGAUGAUACAAAAGGACAAGUUUCGGAAUUUGUUGAAGUUUCGGAAAACUCUACCCACAUACAAAAAGUCAGAGGAACUCCUUGAAGUGGUAAAGAAAAACCAAGUUGUUGUAAUCAGUGGGGAGACGGGCUGCGGGAAAUCUACACAGGUGCCGCAACUGAUUUUAGACGAGGCUAUAUGCGACAGUAGAGGUGCCAAUAUCCAUAUAAUAGUGACCCAACCGCGACGCAUUGCAGCUUCGUCCUUAGCAACUAGAGUGGCUGAAGAGAGAGGAGAGCGACUUGGUAAUUCGACAGGAUAUGCUGUUAGACUGGAAAAGGUAGACGCCCGACCCCGCGGCAGUAUCAUGUACGUCACAACUGGGGUUCUCCUGACAGACCUGGAGAUAAACCAAGGCUUGGUCAACUUCAGCCACGUGAUUCUAGACGAGGUGCACGAACGGGACUGCCACAUUGACUUUACUAUGUGUAUGUUGAAGAAGGUGCUCAAGAAGCGUAAAGACCUAAAAUUAAUCCUGAUGAGCGCAACGCUUGACGCUGAGAAACUGUCAGAAUACUUCGAUGGUUGUCCCAUGUUACAUAUUGAAGGCCUUGCAUACCCAGUUGAGGAUAUAUACUUGGAAGACAUCCUGCUCGAAACGAAUUACCAGCUGCCGCCCGUAGAAGACUCACGAAAGCGGUCCCAACCACACAGAGGUGGAAAGAGAGGUUUCGGAAAUUCUUCAGCCAAUAUGGAGAAAGAAAUACAAUUCCACGCUCAAACAAACGAGCUGCUAAAUCCUGUGCUGAAAAGCAGACCAGAAUUGAAUAAAAUACGAAAAACACUAAUAGACCCAAGAAUUGAAGAAUUAAACCCCGAAUUAAUCGUGGCCCUCCUCCAGCACAUUUGCAAAGGUGCCCCGGGGGCCAUCUUAGUGUUUCUACCAGGAAUAGGCGAUAUUACAAAACUGAUUUAUAUGAUGCGGGAUAGCCAAAGUUUCCCGUCUUCUCUGUAUGAAAUAUACCCGUUGCAUUCGAAGCUACCGUCCUUGGAACAGCACAAGAUCUUCGAGAGGCCUCCAGAGCCCGUGAGGAAGAUUAUAAUAGCCACAAAUAUUGCUGAGACUUCAAUAACCAUAGAUGACAUCGUGUAUGUCAUCGAUUGCGCCAAGAUUAAGGUCAGAGGGCUGAAUGUGGAGGAGAAUCUGUCCACCCUAAAGAAUGAGUGGGUCGCGCAGGCUAAUUUGCGUCAAAGACGAGGUCGCGCCGGUCGCUGCCAGGCCGGCAUUUGCUACCACCUGGUGACGUCAUACCGCGCCGCCACUUUCGCUGAGCGUCUCACGCCAGAAAUACAAAGAAGUGACCUUCUAGAAGAAGUGCUGAUGAUUAAGAGGUUGAGGCUAGGCAAAGCUUUAGAGGCUAUGACGACAUUGGCUGAACCACCCGCUACUUCCACUGUUGAAUGGGCCGUUAAACAUUUGCAGCAAGUGGGUGCUCUAGACGACAAAGAGACGCUGACCCCUCUUGGAUGGCAUCUGGCUCGUCUGCCUGUGCACCCUUCAGCGGGGAAACUGCUGUUAUUAGGAUCCCUGUUUGGAUGCCUCGACCGAGCCGCGAGUGUCGCAGCCGUUUGGGGAUUUAAAGACCCCUUCCAGCUUGUUAUUGGCAAAGAAAAGCAAGCGGAAUACGCAAAACGCGCGCUAGCGGAAGGCGAGCCCAGCGACCAUGUGGCCAUAUCCGAAGCCAUACUCCAGUGGGAAUCAUGCCCAAGGGAAGACCGCCGGUCAUUCGCCUACGACUACUUUCUAUCCAGGAAUACCAUAGAAUUACUGUCAGAUAUGAAGAGGCAAUUCGGGGAUAAUCUCAAGCAAAUGGGAUUCUUACCCUCAGGCAACAUUAAAUCGUCGUGGGAGAACAGGAAUAGUAAUAACUUAAGUCUGUUUAAAGCGGUCAUCGCAGCGUCGCUGUACCCUAAAGUGGCUUUUGUCAGAUGGACCAACUCCCGCAACCCUCGAAAACAAAAACGGGUUAGGGUCCAACUUCCUAUAGAAAAACAAAAGAUAUCUGUGCACCCGAGUAGCGUGGUGGCUACGAAUGGACCGCCGAGAGCUGAGCCAAUAUGUAACAACCCUGGCGGGAACUGGAUGGUCUACUGGCUGAAGCAACGGUCUACCAGCCUGUUCCUGCUUGAAGUUACCAUUGUCUUCACUCUCCCGAUAUUGUUCUUUGGAGAAUUGAUGAUUAAAGCUCGCGAAGUACCUGGGCAACAAGAUAUGUGCGUAUUGACUGUAUGCUCCGUCGAUAUUUUUUGCAAGAAGAAAACUGCCAAUUUGAUUUUCCAACUUAGGGCUCUGUUGGACCAGGUCCUAGAGUCCAAAGUUAUGGUAUCCGACGACCGUGGGACCAACCACAGUCAGUUUGAAGAAACCGUUUUGAACGCUGUGGUAGAGUUGAUCACGGCAGAAGACGAACGCGUAGAUUACUACGAUGAUGAAGACGAUUCAGAUCGGGACUCUUAUUCACAAAGUUAUUAAAUGCACUUCUAGCUUGUAAACAAAUAAGAGUGUAAAUUAAAAUUACUUUUAGGUAAAUAUUCAAGAACUGAAUUAAAGCAGAAAAUGUUUUCUUUUUUUAAUUUCGGAUCUUUAAAAUGUUCUUAAGAGUUGUGAAAUUCAAGUUUUAAUGGUAUAGAACCAAAUAGAACCAUAAAUGUUACUACGAUAGGGAUUCUAACCGUAUCUCCGUUGCCAAGGUAGGUAAUUUAUUUAUUUUCUCGUGAAAUUAAUGUUAUAUCUACUUCUUUAGAAUAGAUCCGGGACGUUACCUAGAAGGUCCUUCCUUGUCCCGGAUGGGUAAAAUCAUUAAAAUACGUACGCAUCACCAAAGAAAUCCCGCGGAUCCCGCGUCAAUGACAACUCAUAAUGAUUCUAUGCAGAUACCGCGCGGGAAUUGGGUAGUUUCCUAGGUCGAAAAUAAAUUAUAAAAUUCUGAUUACUAAAUAAAGACAGAUCUAAAGGUGACACAAACGUUUUCUUUGUAUUAUUUAUCUUAUUUAUAAAUUUUAAUAAAGAAAAAUGUAAUAAUAUGUGCGACAUUUUGUCACGUUUUUCUAUCACGUCUCAGGUUGCUUUUCCAUAAAAAUUCCAUAGUAAUUUAGUAAAAAGUAACUGAUUUGACUAGUUGGAAACUACCCUGUUCUAUAGGAUUAGAUAAGUCUUAUUGAUCAGGGAAAAGUGUGACCCCAAGCAACUUUUAGUUGCCUGUAUGUAUUAAAUAUGUAUGCUUACUUUAUGAGCUAAGUAUUUGAUUAUAGUAAAGGUUGUAGCUGGGUCAAUUAUACUAAUGGAAUAAUGACCUUAUGCAUGUGUUCUAUACCUACCAUAAUGUCUAAGAAAUAAUUAUUCUUGGAAAUAUCUAUGUAUAAAAUACAAAUUUCAAAGAUAUAUAAAAUUAAGGAACAUAUUUAUAUUAAAAUAACUUAUAAUCCAUGGUUAACAUUUUGAUGUUGUAUUUAGGUAUAAGUUAAGCCGUUGGUCCCGGCUAUUAGCCGUAAAAACACCUCCACCAACCCGCAGUGGAGCAGCGUGGUGGAGUAUGCUCCAUACCCCCUCCGGUUGAUUGAGGGGAGGCCUGUGCCCGGCAGUGGGACGAUAGUCUGUUUAUGUUAUGUAUGUUAAUUAUAAGUUAACAUAGUCCCUUCGGGUAAGUAAGCCAGAGAAUGCGUGAUUCGGUCACCUGUUCUGUGGGGUAGAAAGGGCGAAAAGAAUUCUGAAUAAUCUCCACUGAAAAACGUAACAAAAAAAAUAUA